CUCGCGCAGAGAGACUCAAGCAGGCCAUCCACAGGCGAGCAUGUUUGCGAAUAUGUUGUGCUCGACGAAAUUUUUCUCGUGGAUGGUAGAGUUCGUCGUCAAAUUUCGUGUUCGUCAAAAUGUUCGCAUGGGAUUAAAAUUAUUCUAUUUUGUCUGUGUUUGCACGAACAUGCUCGCCAAUGGAUGUCAACGUUUGCACGAACAUGAAUUGCGCAAUCGUUUUGUAGAGAGAGCACGUGUUUGCGCAGCGCAAAAUGAGCAAACAAUUUUUACAAGAUUUCAUUUUUUCUCUGGAAAAUCAGCCUGCUGUAUGGCAUGCAAAAUGCGAGGCUUAUAAAAAUAAAAAUUUACGAAAUAAGUCAUGGGAAGUGCUAUUGGAAAAAUAUAAAAAAAUCGAUGAGGACGCCACAAUAGACACAGUGAAAAAAAAAGUUAACUCGUUGCGUACGUCAUAUAGACGAGAAUUGCAAAAAAUAAGAAGAGAAAAAUCUGGCGCUGGAACGGACGAUGUGUACCAGCCGAGCCUAUGGUACUUCAACGAUCUUUGUUUUCUGCAUGACACAGAAUCCUCGGUCGAUGGAAUCACCAGUUUUGAUGACGGCCAGGAAAAUGAAACACCGAAGGCGCCGAAACGAAAACAUGAUGAAUCAUCGGAGUUCCUACAGAAGGCAGUAGCGCACUUGGACAACAUCAGCGCAAAGCAACCAAAAUGUGAAGCUGACAUAUAUGCUGAAAAAUGGGCUGCCAUGUUCAAGCAGUUGUCGAAGGAGCAGCAGCUUUUUGCCAAAAAAAAGCAUAGACGAGCUCCUUAUGCAAGGGCGGAUGAAUAUGCUGACAUAUCAAGGGGUGUCAAGCAUUGCAAAUAUUCCGAAUAAAAUAAAUAUAAAUAAUAGUCAAAUGCAAUGCCAGAUGCCAAUCCCGGUGUAUCCUCGACAACAAAUUUAUCGUGCAAGCACUCCACUUAUGAGCGACUCAUCAUCUUUUCAAUCAUUACAGUCGCAAGACAUAAAUAGUCAAAUAAUAAUUUCAGAAAAUAUAAACGUUCCUGCUGCAUCCUUUGCAGAUUUAUUUAACAGCGAUGAAUACGUUUAAACCAAUUGAUAUGUAUUACAAAAAAUUUAAUAAAAAAUUUCUUACCUUGAUAUAAGGCUUUAGUAUUUUAAUUAUCGCUGUACAUGUUUCAAUAAUUAUGCGUCCAAGGCUCUGUGGAGAAAUUCCUGUUAAAAAAUUCAGGUCUUCGUAGCUUUGGCCACUAGUCAAAAACCGCAAAGUCGCUGAAAGGCGUUCAUUUGCGCUUAUUGCCUCACGCAUUAGUGUGUCCUGUUUUCGUAUUUCAGGCUCUACGAAAUUUAAAAGUUCUUCAUAAAUAGCACUGUCCAUUCGGAGAAAGUUUUUAAAAUCCAUAGACGUUUCAUUCAACUCCUUUAAAAGAUUCGUAUGUGUGAAUUUUUGGCGCUUAGCGUACCAUUCCUUCAUCCACAUACUGUGCUUCCUCUUUUUUUUUCUUUUUUUGUUGUAAGCAAAUGUGAAUUGCCAUCAGUGCAAUUACACUGCCGCUGUCGUUAUCCGUUGACAUGUUGACUUGCUGAAAAUCGCCGACAAAUGAUGUUCGCGAACAUGUUCGCCCUAGUUGGUGGGCAAAUGAAAUACAAGUUUGCGAACAUAUUCGCGAACAUGU